CUCAGAUACACAUGGAGAGAACUUGCGACACUGCAGAAUAAUCUUGACUUCAUUAUCAGUAAUCAGGAUCCCCCUCCUAGUGAGGCCACAUCCCGAUGCCCGGUAGACGUCCUAUUGACGCAGGUUAUGAGGGUGGUGGCAAAAAAACAGAACUCAAAGGCAAUCAGGUGCGUUAAAUCAUAAAAAUAAAGUGAUACGUCGUUACCUCCUUUGUAGAUACGACAAUGAAGUAUCGACAUCGAUGAGCAAAACGUAUCUUUCUGGGACGCAAUGUGUUACCUCUCAUAAUAUGAUAUGCGAUGGGAUGGCCUCCUACCGACUGCCCAAAUCCACCGAGAGAGCUAUCAACCAGUUCGCAAUGGAGCAUCGAAUCCCGAUGGAGGUUACUAGCUCUGGCGAGCAUACUGCGCAUAUUUUUUGCCUCUCCUUGUGCAUGUUGGCGGUCGAGUACAAGAGGAACACUGAGCGUGUUGCUUUCUUCCAACUUCUGAUGGACUUUGCUGCGAUUCUACGACACCGCAGAUUGCUCGGUUUCAAGCAGAAACACCUUCUCGGAAUCACGGGCUGUUAUACAAUCCACCCCCACCUUGCUUAUAACCUGACUUUUUAUCUCGGUACUCUGGUCAGCCUCCACAGUCUCUCUAUUCAAAGUGACCUACUCAAAGGGGGCUGCAGGAUGAUCAUGGAAUAGUGCAAUAUUGGAAUGUUGGAACCUUGGAUAUCAUGGAACCAGCGCAAUUGCUUAAAGCUUACCUCUGGAUCGCUAAUAGCAUCACUCAGUCCUCUGAUCUUGCGAAGGUCUGGCAGUUUGAGAGCAAUGUACCACGCGAUCUCGAGAAACUUGCUUGGAGAGCUAAAGCCGACAGCUCCGGUAAACAUGGUCAUGCUGCAGCAGGCCCUAGUGGAUUGGGGGGGGGGCGAUGAGGGCUCACGCAAACGCCGUCGCAGCGAGGGGCAAGGGAGUCAACCGUCAUCAUCUGAACGUCAACAGCAGGCUGGUGGGGAUGAUCAUGGUGGUGGUGGUGGCGGCGGCGGCGGCGGCAUCAGUGGCACUGACAACAAUGUAAGUAUGGACGAGAUGGAGAUCUCGG